AUGGCAGAAUCUGCAGUUCCCCAAAAUCCCAGCGCCACAGACUUCAUCAAGGUCUCAUGCAGAGCCACUCUCUAUCCUGCUGUGUGUGUUCACUGUCUGUCAACUUUCGCCGACAAAAUACAGCAAAAUGAGCGUGAACUGGCUCAAGCCGCCUUAUCAGUGAGCUUAGCCAGGGCUCGAUCCACAGCUAUGUUCGUUUCCAAGAUGUUCAAAGCUUCAGGACUCAACCCUAGAGUCUAUCAAGCUGUGAGAGACUGCGUUGACAACAUGGGUGAUUCUGUGGAUCAGCUCCGCAGAUCAGCCAAGGAGCUCAGCGACAUGGGUCGGGUCAGUGGGCAGGACUUCAUGUGGCAUGCGAGCAACGUACAAACGUGGGUUAGUGCUGCUCUUACUGACGAAAACACUUGCCUUGAUGGCUUUUCUGGUCAUGCCAUGGAUGGAAAUGUGAAGGCUGCUAUUAAGAAGAAGGUAGUUUAUGUUGGGAAGGUCACUAGUAAUGCACUGGCUUUGGUCAAUCGCUUUGCUGCCAGGCAUAGAGCUGGUGCAGCCACCAGUAGUGUGCCAUAG